AUGCUUAUGGUUCUCGUGUCGGUGGAUACUUCAGCUUCAAGCAUUCGGGCAAAAAAACCGGGGGGGGCGCGGAUCUACGCGGUCUCGCAUUGCUGGGAGGCGCAGCAACAUCCGGACCCGUUUGGUUUUCAGUCCAGGAGGCUUUUAGAUUGGUUCUUUCUUCCUUCUCAGACGGGGAUUGAGAGUGUGGCGGGUAAAUUUUCUCCUGACUCAGCAUGGCUGUUUAUAGACUACAUUUGCUUGCCGCAGUACAAAAGGUCAGGGGACGAACAGGUGAGUUUCAGCCGUGCCAUGAAGGCGAUGCACGUGCUCUACGCACAUGCAGCUAUUUUUCACGUUGUCCGCUUGGAAGACAUUGCAGCCUCUGAGCAUCUCGACCUGCCGAAUCCGUUCCCAAGUCUAGGUAGGUUUAUCAUCACAAGCAUGUUGAGAUGCGUCCCGGGAGUUCGAUCGCCGAAGUUCAUCGAAAUCUAUUGUGAGAGCACCAACAAAGUUGAGCUUCGUCCCUUCGCCGAAUUGGUGCUGAACCGUGUGCCGUAUGCUCAGCGAGGCUGGUGCAUCGCUGAGGUUCAAUGGAUGAGCACCAAGGAAAGCAUCCAUCGGUAUGCACCUAUGACUCCGGCCAUGUUUCGAGAGCGGGUGAAGCGUGGGCUGGAGGGAGAACAAGAUGGGUUGGUGUUGAUGUUCACACACCGUGAUGAUAUGAACAUUGUAGUAAGACUCCAAGAGGCAGUGUUUUUGAAGCACUCCCAGCAGCGGACAAAGCUUUGUGCCUUUGAUUUGCCCUUGAAGGAGGUAGAAGUGCUGGCUGAGACGCUGCCCAGCUUUGUGAAUCUCAAGUUUUUAAGAGUUGUGUAUAGUAGCGAGGCAGAUGUCGAUUUGUUUGAGUCGUGCAUUGCAAUACUACAGCCGGUAAUCCCGCUUUGCCGCAGGCUGAGCGAAGCCACAGUUGUUGAUCGUGAUCGUGUUGCUAAUCUCCUUAUCAAAUCAUGA